GGCACAUUUAAUCUAUUAAUUGAUGCUGCAUGAGCCGCAGCAGGGCCAUAAAACAAGAAGAGGUACCCGUUAACAGAGUUAGGAUGUGGGGCCGCCUUGCUACGCCCAUCUGUUUUUACGUCUUCUUUAAAUUGCGCCGACCGGUUCCACUCGUCUUCCUCCUGAGCAGGCGCGGAAUCGCUUUCCAUUCAAGAAAUCCUGGGAGAUUUAACACAGAUGCAGCCGCACGGGACCAGGAGACCCGUCGAUAAGUUAUUCAUGCCGUUAAGAGACCUGCAUGGCUCGAUGGAAGGCUUCAUUAUGAAACCUGAGAUUGGAAUUGAUUGUCCCUCUAAUGCCCAGAGAAACAACAGGAUACAGUAAAGAAAGUAGGAUUAGAAUCCUGGAGAACCUUUAAGAAACCAGCGUAAUACUUGCUUCGCUUAUUUUAAAUGCACUGUGCAUGCAAACCCACUCUGAAGGAAGUCAAACAUUUUGUACAGCUAUAAUUCCUAAUCAAGACCUAUACUUUGGUUUUAUCUCCAAGAAGAAAAACGACAUCCUCGUCAAUCAUGCAAUUAAUUGAAUGUGAUGUCGUCCUGUCACACUUUUGUGUGUCCUGUCCAGUUUCCCCCGAUCCGACGGAUCGAUGUUCACGGCGCUGCGGCUGCCGGACGGCAGACCGCCGUCCAAGCAUCGCAUCCAUUUCACGUCCCUCCAUUAGACGGAGAGGUGCUUCCUUGCUCACUCGAAGCUUCACGUUUAAUUAUUGUACAAACCUGAGCGCGUUGCUGUCACAAUACAUCUUUACACACGCAAAUGUUGCUCACACCGUCUAUUUAUUUGAUUUAAUCUACUCCGCCGCCGCAUGCGAGUCCGUUAUCGUUUACACAGCUUCGUCUUUUCCAUGAGCUGAGGAGCCGCGAUGCUAAACGGCCUGGUGGAUCCCUCUCGAUGUCCCGCCUCGGGUCAACGGGCACAGGCCUGUGUGUGCCGGAGACUUGAAGAAGACGCUCGCCGUGCUGCUGGACAACAUCAUGCUGCGGCUGGGCAAGCUGGAGUCCAAGGUGGAGAACAUCUACAACGGCACGGCGGGCAACCUGACCAACGGCACCAGCACCGUCGCGCCCAGCGCCACCAACUCCGAAAAAGUGAACGUGGCGGACCUCCUGAACGGAGCCCAGGAGAAGUGCGAUCUGCCGCCUUUGGAGGGUUUCCCUCACUGCGAGGACAAGGUCAAGUGGAUGAAGGAUAUGUGGCACACGGACUCCUGCUACGGCAACUACGGCGUAGACGGAUCCACCUGCUCCUUCUUCAUCUACCUCAGCGAGGUAGAAAACUGGUGUCCCCGCCUUCCCUGGAGGAUAAGGACCCUGAAUGAAGAAAUGGACCGGAGGGGACAGGCGGAGGUCCGGACCAGUUUCGAGGAGCUGUACCGCGUGAUGUCACAGCGCGAGGAGUUUCGCUGGAUGAUGCUGAGGAUCAAGCGCAUGGCCGAGCCGUGGGUCGACGCCGUGCGCUCGCUGGCGUCCAAGCAGAACCUGGGCAGGCGCCGGAGGAAGAAGGUCCUGGUGCACUUGGGCCUGCUGACCAAGGAGUCUGGCUUCAAAAUAGCAGAGAACGCCUUCAGCGGCGGCCCGUUGGGCGAGCUGGUCCAGUGGAGCGACCUCAUAACAACGCUGUACCUCUUGGGCCACGACGUCCGCAUCUCCGCCUCCCUGGCCGAGCUCAAAGAGAUCAUGCGCAAAGUCAUGGGGAACAAGUCCAGCUGCCCCACCCAGGGAGACAAGGUGGUGGAGCUCAUCUACAUCGACAUCGUGGGCCUCACCCAGUUCAAGAAGAUGCUGGGGCCCUCCUGGGUCCACUACCAGUGCAUGCUGCGGGUGCUGGAUUCGUUCGGGACAGAGCCCGAGUUCAACCACGCCCACUACGCCCAGUCCAAGGGUCACAAGACGCCCUGGGGGAAGUGGAACCUCAACCUGCAGCAGUUCAACACCAUGUUCCCUCACACCCCAGACAACAGUUUCCUGGGCUUCGUCGUGGAGCAGCACCUGAACGCCAGCGACAUCCAGCACAUCGACGACAUCAAGAGGCAGAACCAGUCGCUGGUCUACGGCAAAGUCGACAACUUCUGGAAGGACAAAAAGAAAUACCUGGACGCCAUCCACGGCUACAUGGAGGUCCACGGCACCGUGCACGGCACCAGCACCGUGCACCUCCCGAGCUACGUCAAGAACCACGGCAUCCUGAGCGGCCGGGACCUGCAGAUCCUCCUCCGAGAAACCAAGCUGUUCGUGGGCCUGUCCUUCCCCUACGAGGGCCCCGCCCCCCUGGAGGCCAUCGCCAACGGCUGCGUGUUCCUCAACCCCAAGUUCCACCCUCCGAAGAGCAGCAAGAACACGGAAUUCUUCAAGGGCAAGCCCACGCUGAGAGAGCUGACCUCCCAACACCCGUACGCCGAGGUGUACAUCGGGCCGCCCCACGUGUGGACGGUGGAUAUCGAAGACCCAGUGGAGGUGGAGAGGGCCGUCCGCUCCAUCCUCAGCCAGAAGAUUGAGCCCUACCUGCCCUACGAGUUCACCUGUGAGGGGAUGCUGCAGAGAGUCAACGCCUUCAUUGAGAACCAGGACUUCUGCCACGGCCAGGUGAUGUGGCCCCCCCUCAGCACCCUGCAGGUGAAAUUGGCCGAGCCGGGACACAGCUGCAAGCAGGUGUGUCAGGAGGAGCAUCUCAUCUGUGAGCCGUCCUUCUUCCAGCACCUCAACAAGGACAAGGACCUGGCCAGGUUCGGCGUGGACUGCCAGACGGUGGAGUCCAGCAGCAACACGCUGGUGCCGGCCUACAGCGACGUCCGGCGCCACUGCAUCUUCCAGGCCGACCUGCUGCUGUUCAGCUGCGCCGGCGCCCACCAGACGCUGCGGCGCAUCUGCCCGUGCCGCGACUACAUGAAGGGCCAGGUGGCGCUGUGCAAAGACUGCCUAUAGCACCAGGCCCAUGGGGGGGGGGGGGGGGGGGGCGUGGCCAAGUGAAGUCUGAGCAGCUGGCGUGUUUUAGAAUCUACAAACACACUUCUGUGGGACGAUGUCUGGACAGAAGAGACUGCGUAUGUCCAUCAUAUUUAUUACCCCCUCCCCACCCUGAGCCUCCACCCGGCCCCCUGGUUCUGUGGAAGCCGUGUGAAAUAUUACUUGAAUCCAGGAAAAGGACCCGUCGGAGACUUUGAGACGAUCGGUGACUUCCUGUCUGUCCGUCUUCAGGUUCAGGGCAGCAAGGGACCAAGGAGGCUCAGCUCAGCCCCCCCCCUCCCCUCCUGGUCUAAUCUGAAACUGUUUAUUCUUUAGGUAGGUUUGCACUGGACUGGCUCGCCAGAAGGCCCGCAAAACACACACACACACACACACACACACACGGCGGCUAAAGAAGAACCCAGUUCUACACUGUAACCAACUCGUUGUCUCGCCCGUGCGAUCACGGAGAGGGCGAGCUGUAUCGCAGAUCCCUAGAUACCCUGACCCCUGAGCCUGAAGCAGCGGCCCUCGUUUGCCCUUUAAAAGAGAGGCGGGGCCUGUGGGGGUCAGCCGGGGGACCCUUAAUCUUCACACAUUCACUUUUAAAUUGCACACUUGCUUGAAAUGUCAAUUCAUUUUUUUUUAAAGGAGAGGAUGGAGUGUGUUUUGCACCCAAAGGCCAGUAGGGGGCGUAGUGACGGAGGCGAGGGGUUCACAUACAGCUCCACUCGCCUCCAGCUCAAAUCCUUCCUCGCUAAUAACUAAGCGUCGCAAAAACAAAACUCGCAUCUCCUCCUCUCUUCCCACGGAGGUCAGGAUCCUGAUUUGCAAAGAAAAAUGAAUCUAAAAGUGAAAUUGAGAGAAUCACUGCACUACGGUCAUCUACGAGAUGUUAGUAACACUGUAUAUUGUUUUAAAGGUUUUCUUUUUUAUUUAUUUUGUAUACAAAUCUUUAUUUGUGUUUCGCUGGAGAUCUUUCUUUAUUUAUAGGAGGGGUGUGUGUUUCUUUUCUUUAUAGAUUUUUAUUUAUGGAGAGUAAUUUAAAGACAACGAGCUCGACGCGUCUGAGCCGCUUCAGACAUUCUGUUUUAUAGAAAAAGUUUUAACGACAAAAAAAUAAUUGUGAUGUUUUACGACAAGAACAUACGCGCACGAGAAAUCUUUAGCGUUGAAUAACGAGAGGGACGGGGCUCGUCUUCGUCCUCUUCAUCGUCAUCCCCGUUAAAGACGGCCGCCUCGUUUCACUUUGAAUUACAAUCACGUUUCUUUCCGUUUGUGUGAAUCCGCCUCGCCGUCACUUUCACCUCGUUUGUGUUAUUCUUUUUUAACUUUUGUAAACACGCAAGUUAUCGUUUCAGAGAGCGUGAUGUGCCUUCUGAACGGGUCGGUCCCGCUCAUCAGUGAGCGGAUGAAGAGAAUACAAACGAAUACAAGAAGACCUUCGACCCCAAAUCUAACUCCACAUAUCGGCUGAAGGGUUCUCUCCCCCCCGAAGUCCUACGGGUCACAUUGAAGACAAACAUGCAGAGUCUCAUCUGACUUCAAAUACAAUUCAAAAUAUGAUCAUUUGAAUCCUAAAUUUGUGAUGGCGGCGAUUCUGACUGACUCAAAUGUUUGCUGUUCACGUUUCACUCUAACUGGAUCUCUUCCAGCAGAUUCUGAUUUCACAAACAUCCAUUCAACUUUUUUUCCUCCAGUGAAUAAAUUAGGAAAUGGGAAUUUAAUUUUAUUUACAUAAACUGUCGAGUACGAACAAGUAAACAGUGAAAGCUGAAGCCAAUAAGCCCGACUUUCUUAGUCGGGCUUAUUGGAAGCAUGUUGGAGAGGUUCCUAGAGGAGUGGGCGGGUCCUAGAGAACAGGGCGGUUCCUAGAGAACAGGGCGGUUCCUAGAGCGCUGAGCGGUUCCUAGAGAACAGGGAGGUUCCUAGAGAACGGCGGUUCCUAGAGCCUUGGCAUCGAAUGUCUCCGUUGGACACGUGGUAACGAACAUGUGACUUUGUUUUUCCUCCUUCCUGUGAACAUGUGGAAUGACACAAAGUGAAGAACGCAAUGACAACUUUAGUUUUGUUUUCACAGUCCUUGAUGGGUAAGAGGGAUAUAACUUUAUUUUUAAAUAAACCUUUUUUCUGUGACAAAAGG